GUGCAGAUUCAGUGGAAAGAAGAGAAUUGGCUGGCAAAAUGGCUAGACUCAAUGCGAUAGAGCUAGCAAAAUUUUCAAGACGAGUGUCAGACAGUCAUGCUGGUCAGUCCUUCUUAUCAUUUAUCUCCACGAAGAUUCUUGAUAGCAUCCAAUUGUCCAUAAGGAACGUUCAUGUCAUCUAUAUUGACUCUCAUACUUGCCAGGGUGAGUUUGUAUUCGGUUUAAAAUUCUCAACUCUUACUGUAAUGACUGAUACAACCAAGAACAGCUCUAAUGUGUCCUCUGUUGUGAAAGCAAAAGGUGGCCAAGUAAGUAAGAUUGUUGAGAUAUCUAGCGUCGGACUUUAUUGCAAUAUGUUUGAAGCAGCACAAAAUCCAGAAGGUUUCGCUGCUAUAGCAGACUCCAAGACAUAUUUUAAGCUGAAUUCUGACAACGAGAAAGAGAAUUUUUUAGUACUUCCAUUUGAUGUCAGAAUCUGCCUGCUGGCAAAUAAAUCUGAAAAAUCCAGUAGCGCAUAUGCUGUUGAUAUCGAAUCCACUAUCUUGGCAGUCACACUAAAUGAAAUGCAGUUGCAUCAGAUUCUAAGUCUAUUUGAUUACUUCUCUAUCUGCGUCCUUAGAGAAAGAUAUGGACGUUUUCGACCAUCAAUAAUCUCAUUAUCUAGGAAGCUUACUGGAUGGCAAAGGAUGUGGUGGCAAUAUGCACAGAAUGCUGUUUUAGCCGAUGUUCGCCAGAAAUUGUGGAAAACAUCCUGGAGCAGCCUUGGUAAAAGAAUUAUUCAGCGUCGGAAGUAUGCUAAUUUGUAUAGAAGGAAGCUUGAACUGAUUCAACAAGAGCGGGUUGUCAGUAAAGAUAUUCUUCUUGAGCUGGAGGAAAUGGACAGGGAGUGCGAUAUCAAUGAUAUCCUAAAUUACAGGUCGUCUGCAGAGCAAAAAUUGCAAGAGCUUUCCAAGGUUAAAUUUCCUCCUACGGGAACGAAUGAUGAGAGUUCACCAAUUUCUGCUUAUGAAAAGAAGCAACAUGAUGAUAGGUCAUCUAGCAGUGCUCGGAGAUGGUUGAAUUGGCUGUCAUUGGGGAUGCUUGGAGCUGGUGGUACAGCUGACAAUAGUUCAUUUGCUGGUGUUGUUUCUGAUGAGAUGAUAAAGGAUAUUUAUGAGGCCACCGAGUUUGAUCCUGUUAAUUCUUUUAAUGAGGAUUCCUUCAGUCGAGAGAAAUUUUUAAUCUCUGUCAGACUCAAUAUCUGUCAUAUUGCUGCUACGAUUUUCAGCAGAUAUGAAAAGAAGAUCGUGGAAGCAAAUCUUGAUGGAGUCAGUCUUGAGUGUGAGUUUAGUGAAAGUUCAUCCGCAAUUGUUGCUUUGAUAGAUUCUUUAACUCUAAUUGACCCGUUUAAUGGCAACACUAUGCUAAUUGCAAUGAAGGCUAUUGCGGGUGAUACUUCAUCUCUUUACUCAUUACCAUUUGUGAAUGUUCGCAUUAAUAUACAGAAGUCUGACAAGAGUUGUGAACCUCUUAUGAAGGUUGUACUCCAGCCUUUUGAAGCUACAUAUGAUUCAGAAUUUUCUCUGAGGGUGUUAGAUCUCUGUGAUGUUUUGAUGUCUUUUCAAUUCUUGCACAGAAGGGUAUUACUUUCUCUUAAUGGAAUUAAAAAUUUCAAGGAUAGACUAUUAUUUAAAGCUGAGUAUAUAUCACAAAAUCCUAGGAAAAUGAAAUGGGAUGUCAUUCUCCAUAGUUUCAUCAUAAAAUUUCCUUUUGUGGCUGAAGAUGCAGAGCCUUCUUUCAUGCUUUUGGAAGCUGGAAGUCUUUUCAUUAAAUCCACGCCUAGAACUGAAAUGGUUCCCAACUUGCUAGAAAAGGCUCCAUGUUAUGACUCUGAACUCACGUCUCGCGUUAGGAACAUCAUGGAUAAUGGUAUACAUAAUUUUCAGCUUCAAGAUUUUUAUGUCCAAUUUGAGGUUGGCAUGACAGCUUUUGAAGUGAAAUUGUUCAUGCCUAAAUUUCGUACAUCUCUCUCAGUUCUUGAAAAGUGUGACCCAAUUUUCAAAGUUCGUUUAUGUAUCUUCAUGGAUGAAGCGAUAUUAAAACCAUUUGAGGUUAGUUGUCUAAUGCCGUUGAUCUGCAUGAGGUUCUCUCAAAAUGUUUUGUUCUCAUUUAUGAGAUUGUACGAGUUAUUUGAAAAGAAAUCUGCAUCACUGUCAUUAAGAGUUCAGCAUCCUAGCAAGUUUGAUAAACCAGAUGUUCUUGGUGCAUUUUUCUUUUCAUUUUCUUUGGAGUUAGACCAUUUCAAUAUCCAUGUUGAUCUUGAAGACGAAGUAGAUUAUGAUUCAGUGGUUUUAUGCACCUUUAGCAAGAUAGCUAUCAGGUUUACUGACGGAAAAUCAAAUGAUCUUUGUUGUCUUGUGGAGAAAAUUAUGUUUGGUACUUCUAACUUGAAUAGUGAGCACGAUAAGAUUAUUUUAUGCUCAUUGAGGAGUGGUCCUGCUAAUUCAGCUUUGCACAAUCCUGUGGAGUCUGAUUGCACUAUCCUAAGGAGUGCUUCAUGUAGUAAAAACUUUCCUGAAGAGCUUUGCUUUCAAUUGCGUUAUAGAACGUAUGUUGAGAUUAAUACUGUUCAGCAUGAAUGUAGUGUUUCCUUAUGUGAAGUUGAUUUUCAUGUCUAUCCUAGAAUCUGUGGUUUGCUCCAGAGAUUUUUCAAUAGCAUUAGUGAGAAAUUUUUUUCUUCCACUUCUUUUGUGAGUUCUAAAGAACUGGAUCAGAAUGAUAACUUCGAUAGAGUUGGUGUUGAGCAUGCUAAGUUUAGCUUCUCUAAUUUCUGUGCUUCUGAUACAUCCUCGUGUGAAUGCAUUUCUGUGGAUGAUUUUCCUUCUCUGACUAUCCCCAAUUCAGGUUCUCCAUCCAAUCUUGAUAUCUCAAUCAUCCACAGUGUUAAUGGAUUUCAGGACAUGCGUGUGAUUGAUAAAAAAUGCCCUAAAAUCCACAAGUCUAGCAUAAAUAAAAGAUUCACAACCAUGAACUAUUCAACAAUGGGAAAUGGGAAUUGCGCUUCAGCAGAUGAUCACCAGCUUACUACGCAUUAUGAUAUCAUCUCGAUUGAUAUCAAAGUAAAUAAUGCUAAAGUUCAUUUUCAUGAUUCUUCUUGUAUUUUGGGCACAGUAAGUAUUCCUCAUAUUGGCUCUAUAAUUUCAUUACAAGGGACUGGCUAUUGGGAUGUGCUAGUGUCGACUGAUGGGCUUUCACUUUCCUCAUCUUGGUCCUCCCACGAGGUUGUUUGGGGAUCUUUUUCAUCAACCAUAUCUCCUAUUCUAAAUGUUCGAGCAAGCAAAGAAGAAAAGGAAACAAUGGUUGAAAUUAGUUUUGGCAUACAGCACGUGUCCUGCAUUUUGACAUCUGAAUUUCUGGCCAUGUUGAUUGGCUACUUCUCUUUGCCUGAUUGGGCGUGUAUGGGGAAUAUGAAAACAGAUGAGCCCUACAAACACUUAAGAGAAGAACCUAAUAUCAUUUACAAGUUUGAGAUACUUGACUCUAUAUUAAUUUUACCUGUGGAGAACCAUACAGAUUUUGUUUUACAAGUUAAAAUUCCAAAAUUUUGCUGUAAUGUUAUUCUUGAAAGUAGCAUGGACAUUAUUUUCAAGGAUAUUCCUCUUGGCUGUGUGGUCUCAUCCAAUGCUAUUGCUAACAAGUUUAAUAUCUUCAACUUAUUUGGGAGAAGCUUAUCAUUAUCUUUAGUGCCAAUCAAGGAGGAUGCCGAUUAUCUAUUCAAGCAUUGUGAAUACAUCUCUAAUGAAAACUUUUCCUUUAUUGAGCAUUUAGAUGCGGACAUGUGGCUGAGAAUACCUUGCAAGAUGGAAGAUUCAGCUGAAAAUUUUAAAUUUCCAUCUUUGAUCAUGAUGAGUGUGGAUAUUUGCAAGUUGAUAGUUGAAGGGAACUACUUCAUUGAUGGACUUGAAGCAGCUGUGAAUGUUAUUGAUCAGCUUUCUUUGGUUGGCAAACAAUCUGCAUAUUUUCGGUCUGGUGUCUUAGAGUUUAUGCAUCUCGAGAAGAAAAAGAAGGCCAAAGCUUCUACUAGUCUUGACAUGAUAGUUGAGUCUUUUGUUCUUAUGAAAAUGCGUCUCAGGGCGCUAUCAAUAAUAUUUUCUCACUCCAGGGAGAAACAUUCUUGUUCACCGGAGACCAUAGCUAAAGCAUAUGUGAGGUUUGAUUGUUCGGCUACAUUAUGUAAUGGUUUACCAAAAUCCCUUGAUGUAGAUAUUUCCAGUUUACUUCUUCAUUCUUUUCUCAGUGAUGUUGUAUUAGUGUCAUUCACCUCUAACGGAAAUGCGGCCUUCCGCCUUAGCAUAAACUUCUCUGGAUCUGCCGAUUGGGAAGCGGAAACUGUACUUACUGUGCCAGCACUUGAUAUUUGGUUGCAUAUGUCAGAUUGGGAUAGCAUAUAUGCUUUUCUUGGUUCGUGCAAGAAAAAAAUUAGCAUGACUAUGUCAUCAACAACUGCAACUCUAGAAUCUCCACUUCAAAAUAUCCCAAAACAUGAGGUAUCUUUGUCUUCUGCUUCUGAAAAUGUCAUGGAGGAAACUGUGCUUUUAUCCAUGAAAUCUGGAAACAUAAUGAUUGUAUUCCACUUGCCCUUCUGGGACAAGGAAGAAAAUUCAGAAGAACCUAAAGGAAGGCAGGAACAAAGAUGCCAUGCUUUUAAUGCUACAUGUGCUGAAGAUGAGUCACUCUUUCGAUUAAAGUUUUGUAGGAAUGUAAAGAUAACUUUGCAGAGUAAAUGUUGCGAGUUAACUUUAAGCAAAAAAUAUAUGAAACUUGAAUGUAAUGUGGAAAAGAUUAGAACUGUGUUGGAGAUAGAUCAAGACCAUGAAGUUUAUUCACUUCCUUUCGUAUAUAUUUCUCAUGUGAAAUUAGAAGCCGAGAUAUAUAAUGGAGAAGGAUUGAUGCAAGUUUUUUUUGAUGUUCAAGUAACCUCUGCUGAUGUUGAAUUGUCCUAUCAAAUAUUAAAAUUCUGGAGCCACAAUCAGUUCAGAACUUAUGAAACAAUAGCUUUUAAGAGGCCAUCACAAAGCAUAGUGCUGAAAGUUAGAUUAAUGAAGGGAGCUCUACUCUUGAGUGAUCGAAGGAGCUUCCACGGACCUAUCCUGGAGAUCCUGAUAAAGAACAUGGUUAUUCAGUCCAACCAGACAAUGGAUAGCUUGGAGGGCUCUGGCUUUUCUGAUCUUGUAAUCAAUUACAAUAAUAUUGACAAGGUUAUGUGGGAACCAUUUGUUGAGCCGUGGAAUGUUCAGUUCAGCUUAGUAAGAAAGGAAGGGGGAAACAUCCACUUGAGCCAAUCUGCAACUACAAAUUUUUGUAUGGACUCAACCCACCAGUUAAAAUUGAAUAUUACAGAACCCUUGAUUGAAGCUUUAUUUAGGUUACAGGAAAUGAUCAGUGAUGCCUUGAAUCAGAGCGCUGAAGAACAUGAAACUCUUGGAAAAUUUGGAAAUCUGUCAAACGACAAUAUGCAUACCAGAAGAUAUGCACCAUAUAUUCUCCAUAAUGACACUUCAUUGCCUUUGACGUUCCAUGUUUCCCGUGGCCUUGUCAAUACACAAGAUAUUCAAAGUUUGGCCAACGGAGAUCUUAGUGUUGUCCAACCUGGUUUUUCCAUUCCAAUUUAUGUUGAAGAAACACAAGAUGAACAAUUUUUUCGGCACAGACCAGCACAUUCUUCUGAAUUACUUGUUGAGAAGAAACUUACUGCUUCAUCACAUCAUAUGAUUUCCAUCCAGUUUGAUGGGACUUCUAGGCCUUCCAAGCCCUUGUCAAUGGAUAUGGUGGGUGUGAGCUGCUUUGAAGUGAACUUCUCUAACAAUAGCCAAGCAAGAAAUGUGGAUAUAGACGGGCAUGAAAAUGCCUCAAAAUACAGUUGGACGACUGAGGAAAGGGGUACUGUUGAUGAUCACAUAAAAGGAUUAGUAGUUCCUGUGGUUUUUGAGGUUUCUAUGCUGCAUUACAGCAAGAUGAUACGAUUGUACUCAACAGUUAUACUAUUGAAUGCUACAUCUAUGCCUUUGGAGCUACGGUUUGAUAUUCCAUUUGGUGUUUCUCCAAAGAUCCUAGAUCCAAUACUACCAGGACAAGAGCUCCCUUUGCCAUUGCACUUGGCUGAGGCUGGACGAACACGAUGGCAUCCUUUUGGCACAAAUUAUUUGUGGAGCGAACCACAAUCGCUGCUGAAUAUCCUCUCACAAGAAAAUAGGCCUGGGUUCUUCAGAUCAUUUGUGUGCUAUCCUGCAUAUCCAACUAGUGAUCCUUUCCGCUGUUGCAUAUCGGUCCAUGAUUUUUGCUUGCCUUCAACCCGGGUUGCAAGCCCAUCACCAGUUGAGAAUGCUGCUUUGAAAUCAAAUUUCAGAAGUGGUAAUAGAAUGCAUGAAGCUGCUCCGCCUAGGAAACAUAUUUUACACCGCCUGAGACUUGUACCGCCUUUGUUACUGAAAAAUUAUCUUCCAGUAAGCUUAUCAUUAAUGUUAGAAUCUGGUGGGGUUACACAUUCUCUUACAAUUUCCAAGGGAAAUUAUACUUCCUUUUUUGCGGUUGAUUAUAUGCAUGAUCUUGAGGUCACUUACCAAAUGGAAGGUUACAAGCCUGUUAUUUCCAAAUUCCCUCGAGCAGAAUUUUUCUCUGAUAUUGCCAAGUCAUCUGGAUCCAAGUACUUUUUAUUUGAAAGACUAUCCUUUUACCCGUACACCUGUGCUGGUCCUUUAUCUGUAACCCUUGAGAAGACACUUGAUGCAUCUUGUGGUGCAAGAGAAAUCUGCCUUUCUGUUUCAUAUUUUUUGUAUAAUUGCACUGGUCUACAGCUUGCUAUUGUAGAUGGCAACCAAGGCCAUAAAGGAGUUACCCAUGUGAUUCCCUCUAGUUAUCAGUUAAUGGAUCAAGCGCAGCCUGAGGAUGAAAAAGAAGGCCUUGCAUUUUUAUCUUCUAUGUCAAACUCUUUUCAGAGUUCUUUAAAUAGCUGCUCGUCAUCAACAGGAGAUGAAGCAAUGCUACAUUCACAAGCUUUUUCAAGCAGUUUAUUGGUUGGGCUUAAUGACACCAAUCACAUUUACUCGUCAAAGAAUGUUGGAGAUGCUGCCAAGAGUACUGUGUAUGGUUUCUCUAAAAGGGCUAAGCCAUAUAUGUAUGCUCCCCAAGAUCAUAUUCUUGCUUCGGACCUUUUGGUUAGAUUGGCUGUAUCUUCCACUCAAAUCAGAGCUGAAAAUAUGCAUAUCCUAGCUUGGUCAAGUCCGUUUUCUCUUCUCCCAGCGGGUGGUUCUAUUAAUGUCACUAUUCCCAAGCCAAAUGCAUCUAGUGCUUUCUUAGUAUCUGUAACAUCGAUAACUGUUUCUGAAGAAUUAUCUGAAAGGACGCGUGCUAUUACAUUUCAACCAAGAUUUGUUAUCUGUAAUGCAUGUAGCAGAGAUUUGUCUUACAAGCAGAAAGGGACAAAUAAUGUUUAUUCUUUACGUGUUGGCCAACACUCUCAUCUUCACUGGUCUGAUACAUCGAGAGAAUUGCUGGUAUCUCUUCGGUUCAAUGAAAUGGGAUGGCAAUGGUCAGGGAGUUUCCUUCCAGACUGUCUGGGAGACGUUCAAGUGAAAAUGCGCAAUUAUGUGUCUGGUGAAUUAAGCAUGGUUCGAGUUGAAGUACAAAAUGUUGAUAUGGACAUGAAUGAUGAAAAAUCAAUUCCAAAGUCUAAUGGAAGUUCAUCAACUCAGUUAAUACUUCUUUCAGAUGACAAGACAGGGUUUAUUCCAUACAGGAUAGACAACUUUUCAAAGGAGAGAUUGCGGAUUUACCAGCAAAAGUGUGAAUCUGUUGAAACUGUUGUGCAUCCGUACACAUCAUGCGAGUAUGCUUGGGAUGAACUUUGUUAUCCACAUCGUAUUGUUGUUGAGGUACCUGGUGAAAGAAUUGUGGGAACAUAUAAUCUUGAUAAUGUACAAGAGUAUGCCUCUGUGUGUUUUCCUUCAACAUAUGAGAAGCCGGAAAGAAGAUUUUCUGUUUCAGUGCAUGCCGAAGGAGCAACAAAGGUGCUCAGUAUAAUUGACUCAAGUUAUCACAUUAUAAGAGAUGUAAAAGGAAGUAAUUUUUUUGGAUUCAAGGAGAAAAGAAAAACAGAUCAGACACUCAACCAACAAGCUCAUUUCAAUGAAGUGAUAAAAAUUCAUUUGUCUUUUAUUGGAAUCUCCCUGAUGAGUUCAGCCCCUCAGGAAUUGAUAUUUGCUUGUGCUAGGGACACAACAGUUGUCCUAAUGCAGAAUUCAGAGCAGCAGAAGAUUUUGACUCAAAUUUUGUCACUUCAGAUUGAUAAUCAACUGUCCGAUACUCCAUACCCUAUAGUAGUCUCUUUUGAUAAUGAGUUCAGAGAAAGAUCUUUAAAUCAUUCAAAAAAUCAGGAAAACUGGUUGCAUAGUCAGCUUGACAGUACAAGUUCAUAUGUUACAAAUGAACCUGUAUUAUAUUUUUCUGCAGCCAAAUGGAGGAAAUCUGAUGUUUCUUUGAUUUCAUUUGAAUACAUAACCUUUAGAUUGGCUUCUUUGUCUAUUGAGCUUGAAGAACAAAUUCUCUUAUGCUUGUUUGAUUUUUUUCGAACUGUAAAUUCAAGAAUGCAGAGAACAUCACUUAAGAAUUUUGAGCAGCGAAUUUUAGGUUGUUGUAUUGAUGCAAAACAUAAGAAUGCUCAGGGUCACAUUUAUUCGUGUGGACAUAAUGAUAUUUUAAGGACAACUGCAGUUAUUGAGACUGAUGCUAAUUCCUUGUUACCUGCUGUAGUCCCAAUGGGAGCUCCAUGGCAACAGAUUCAUUCAUUAGUCAGAAGGCAGAAAAAGGUAUAUGUUGAAAGUCUUGAAUUGGCGCCAAUCAAGCUAUCCCUUAGCUUUUCAAGCACUCCAUUGAUGAUCCGAGCCAAAGCUUUUGCUGAAGUGGAAUAUCUUACUCUUAUCAGUAGUACUGCAUUUCAGAGAGGUAUUAUGGCUCUUGUUGAUGUUGAAGGAGUGCCUGUUCACCUUAGGCAGCUAACGCUGGAACAUCUCAUGGCUAGUCCUGAAUCAAUACAGGAUAUCCUUUUGAGACAUUACAUGCGGCAGUUGCUUCAUGAGAUCUACAAGGUAUUUGGUUCUGCAGGUGUAAUAGGAAAUCCUAUUGGCUUUGCUAGGAAUGUUAGGCUUGGUUUGAAAGACUUUCUCUCUGUUUCUAGCAAGGGAAUUUUGCAGAGCCCAAGUGGACUGUUGAUAGGUUUAAUAGAAGGUUCAAAAAGUCUUUUUAGCAAUACAAUCUAUGCUCUGAGUAGUACUGCCACUCAGUUUAGUAAAGUUGCUCAUAAGGGCAUAGUUGCAUUUACUUUUGAUGAUCAAACAUCCACUGAAACUGAUAAACAGCUACAAAUUAUUGAUGCACAUGGUAAAGGUGUGCUAAAUGAAUUUUUGAAGGGCCUUACUGGACUUCUUCAGUCUCCAAUCAGAGGUGCCGAGAAGCAUGGCCUUCCCGGUGUUCUAUCAGGUAUCGCAAUGGGAACAACCGGACUUGUGGCAAGACCAAUAGCUAGCAUUCUCGAAGCAACAACGAAAACCGCACAGAGCAUCAGAAAUAGAAGCAGCCCUCACCUAUCCAACCGGCGCCGCACGCGUCUUCCUCGGCCUUUGUCUAGGGAGCUUCCCCUGUCGCCCUACUCAUGGGAAGAAGCCAUCGGUGUCUCCGUGCUUCAACAAGCCAAUACGGCCAGGCUUAAGGAUGAGGUAUAUGUCACAUGCAAAGCGCUUAGAAUGGCAGGUAGCUUCAUAGUUAUCAGCGAGAAGCUCGUCCUGGUUGUAUCAACCUCCUGUUUGGUGGGUUUCAACUCGACGAACUUUGCCGGUGUUCCAGCUAAUCCUACAUGGUUUAUAGAAAAGGAAAUGAGUUUGGAGAGUGUUGUUCAUGUAGAUAGAUCUGAUUAUACCUUGAAUAUUGUUGGAAACAAUGCUGAUAUUACAUUUAGGCACAAGAAAGGCUUCAAAUCUGGGAGUUCAAGUUCUGCACCUCUUGUCUGCAUGAGUGUGGAGUUCGGUAACGUAGAAGAAGCUGAAGAUGUUUUGCAGGUCUUGUUGGCUACAAUUGAGCUGGGGAAGGAGAAAAGAUGGGGUGUUCAAGUAUUGCAUCGAAGGAAUGUUGGGUAGAAUUAUGUAAAUUAUAGUUUUAGUAUUUUAUUUGAUCAUAGAGGUAUACGUAGUGAUAGAUUGUGGGUGUAAAUAGCUGAUAAUAGUGGAAAGAAUUAGGUAGGAAAGGUGAAAUGUUAUCCAUAUACAAACUAUUAAAAUUAUUAAAAUGAGAACUUUCAUGUACAGUUGCAGUAUACUUUGUGAGCCAUAUAAUGCUUAAAUUUUACCUU